AUGUCUACUUUCCUUACAGUUGGCCUUCUCCUACUCUUUGUGGUUGAGUAUGGUUCCUCUGAGAACUCCAGUACUCCACGAGGAUGUGGACUGGACCUCCUUCCUCAAUACGUUGCCCUGUGUGACCUGGAUGCUAUCUGGGGGAUUGUGGUGGAGGCUGUGGCAGGCGCGGGAGUCUUGACCACGCUGCUCCUCAAGUUGAUCUUGCUGGCCAGGCUGCCCUUCAUCAAAGGCAAAGAGAAAAGGAGCCCGCUGGGCCUCCAUUUUCUCUUCUUUUUGGGGACCUUGGCGCUGUUUGGCUUGGCCUUUGCAUUCAUCAUCGAAGAGGACGAGACCAUCUGCUCCAUCCGCAGGUUCUCCUGGGGAGUCCUCUUCGCCGUCUGCUUCUCCUGUUUGCUCGCUCAAGCCUGGCGGCUCCGGAGACUUGUCCGCCACGGCAAAAGCCCAUCUGGAUGGCAGCUGGCUGGAGUCGCUGUCUGCGUUGCGUUGGUCCAGGUCAUCAUUGCCACGGAGUGGCUGAUACUGACGAUUGUGAGGGAAGGAAAGCCGGCUUGCAAUUACGAGCCCGUGGAUUUUGCAAUGGCCUCCAUUUACGUGAUGUUCUUGAUGGUGGUCACCGCCUGUUUUUCCUUCUUCACGCUGUGUGGGAAAUUUAAGAAGUGGAAGAAGAACGGGGUGUGCCUUGUCCUCACCAGCUUCUUCUCGAUCCUCAUUUGGGUGGCGUGGCUGACUAUGUACCUGUAUGGUAACAAGGAACUGGGGAGAAGAGACCAGUGGCAGGAUCCCACCCUUGCAGUGGCUCUGGUAGCCAAUGGCUGGGUCUUCCUGAUCUUCUAUGCCAUCCCAGAGGUUCACUGCGCCAUCCUUCCAUCUCAGCAAGAGAACACGCCCAACUACUUUGACACUUCACAACCACGGAUGCGUGAAACUGCUUUUGAGGAUGACCUCCAGCUUCCUCGGAGCUACAUGGAGAAUAAAGCUUUUUCAAUGGAUGAACAUAAUGCAGCAUUACGGACGGCAGGAUUUCGCAACGGCAGCUUGGGAAGUCGUGCAAGCGCCCCCUUCCGUAGCAACGUCUACCAGCCCACCGAGAUGGCGGUUGUCUUGAAUGGUGGGACUAUUCCGACCGCUCCACCGAGUUACACGGGAAGACACCUAUGGUGAAAAGCUUAGAGGUCAUACAGGAAGAGAGAGAGAGAGAAUCCAUUAACAAAAAUUGGUUGCCCCCCCCCUCCCAAAAAAGUGUGUUGUUUUCAGAGGGAGGAAAUCCAUGUGGGGGGGGGCUCUGUGGAAGGUCCUAGAAAAACUGAUAGCUCGGAG